AUGCCGGGCCGGAAGUUCAUUCUCCAGUUGAUCAAAAAGGCAUCAAAAUGCAACUUUAGUGACCGAUUGGAAGAACAACUUUGUGACCGUCUCAUUGCUGAAAUCAACAACAUCUUAUUACAACGUAAGAUGUUGGAAAAGAAAGAUAUCACCUUUGCUGAGGCUCGAAAAAUCUGUGAGCAAAGUGACGAUUUGUGUGCUGCCACAAAUGCGGAAACCCCUGUGUUAUUCCAUCGGCGUUCAACAAAACUCUUACGUGACGCACCCAAUGUUCAUAAUUCACCCCAGGUUCCUCAAGUACCCAGUUCAAGCCGAACGCUACCGAAGGCUGCGACAAAUCGCUGCUUUUCACGUGGUGAUUACUAUCUUCGUUCGACUGGUCGAUUCCGUAAAGCCACUUGCCAUGCAUGUGGUAAGAUGGGCCAUAUCCGCAACGUAUGCUGA